UUGAAAGCCAGAGAACCAGCGAAACCACAAGAAAUGGAUGCAAAAGAAAUCGAACCAAAGCAAACAACGACAGCAACAUGGAACAGAGAAACAAUCCCAAAAGUAAUGAAAAUUGUCAGCACAAAACUCCCUCAAAGAGACCUCGUUUCUCUUUUACUUGUCAGCCCCUGGCUUUACAGGACACUCACUUGCUUCCCACCUCUCUGGAUGGCUCUUGAUUUUCGUGAGAUGAAUAAAGCUGGAGAUAGACUCAUUGCUGCUACUUCACUGCCAAGAUAUCAGCACGUGAAGGAGAUAAACCUUGAAUUUGCACAAGAUAUCGAAGACGAACAUCUAGAAGUCCUGCAAAGCAAGUGUUUUGUUUCUCUUCAAAAACUGGAGUCUUUAAACCUGAAUGGCUGCCAGAAGAUAUCUGACAAAGGAAUAGAAGCAAUAACCAGUACUUGUUCUAAACUAAAGGUCUUCUCUAUUUAUUGGAAUGUCAGGGUAACAGACAUUGGUAUAAAGCACGUGGUGGAAAAUUGCAAGCAAAUUGUUGAUUUGAACUUGAGUGGGUGUAAGAAUAUAUCUGACAAAGCCUUGCAAUUAAUUGCUGAAAAUUAUCAAGAAUUGGAGUCAUUGAACCUGACUAGGUGCAUCAAGCUAACAGAUGGUGGCUUGCAACAAAUAUUAUCCAAGUGCUCCUCUCUACAGAGUUUAAAUCUUUAUGCUCUUUCCAGUUUCACAGACAAAGCCUAUAAGAAGAUAUCAAGUCUACCCCUUCUAAAAUUUUUAGAUCUAUGUGGUGCGCAGAAUCUAUCUGAUGAAGGACUCUCUUGUAUAGCUAAAUGCAAGAAUAUUGUCUCUCUCAAUUUGACAUGGUGUGUUCGUGUCACUGAUGUGGGGGUUGUAGCUAUUGCUGAAGGUUGCACCUCUCUUGAAUUUCUCAGCUUGUUUGGAAUAGUUGGUGUGACAGAUAAGUGCCUGGAGGUCCUUUCAAGGUUCUGCUCAAACACAGUUACAACCCUUGAUGUAAAUGGAUGCAUUGGCAUUAAGAGACGAAGCCGUGAUGAAUUGCUUCAAUUGUUUCCUCUUUUGAGGUGUUUUAAAGUGCACAGCUGAUGUGGUGUUAAGUGGAUAGCUUACUAUCAUCCCUUCUCAUCAAGUUGAGUGUCCCACAUUGUAGGCCAUUUUGUUUACUUUAACAAAGUUUGCUGAUGACAAAGAUUAGGAUUAGCAUAUCCAUACUGAUAAACAGCACAUAUAUAUCUCUAUGACAUUGAGCCAUGCACUUGUCAAUUCGCUACAACUUUCAUGUAUUUAAUAGUCUUGCUCGGAUCCUAUCAAUUUCUAUAAUUUUCCAGGGCAUGGCUAUACAGCGGGUCACAGCAAGGUCAUUCCAGAUAAAGGUGAAAAGGCCAGGAUACGUUAUGAAAAAUUACAGAUGCUUUCAGGACACAUUGAAUACUGAAGUCUUCGAAUCUUACAUGUAUUGCUAAGAAACAGUUUAGAGCCUGAACCUAGACCUCUUACAAAUCUGAGUUGGUUUAAAAUAGCUGUGCUAGAUGAAAUUUUUUUUAUCAGAUAUAUCUUAUGUAAUGUCACCUUAUUGUUUUUUAUCAUUUGAUAUUUCUUUUUGGUCA